AUGUCAACCAUACAACAGCUCAAAAACUUUAUCCGCCAUGGGAAGCAAGCGCGAGCAACAACACUGAACGAAGAGCCCCCGCGCAAGACCGGCUCGUCGCCUCCUCAAGCACCACAGCCCGUUCCAGACAAGACCAUGCUCGCCUCGGAGCCCGUCUUUGCCCAACCGCCGCCGCGCAAGGAGAUUCCCGAUGCCUACUCGGAGGCCCCGGGCGAAGGCAUGCAUCGCGUUGCCCAGGCUGGUCACGCCGCCGCCCACCACAUCGAGCCCGCCCAGAACCUCCAGGCCAAGGGCGCCUCCAAGUCCAAGCGCGUUGACGAGGCCGAGCUUAAGCAGCUCGUCGCCGAGGAGAACGCCAGCAGGACAAAGUUUCCCCGCUACCUGGGCUUGGAGAGGUGGGAGCUGCUCGAGAAGAUGGGCGACGGCGCGUUCAGCAACGUCUAUCGCGCCCGUGACUUGCAAGGCGACCACGGCCAGGUCGCCAUCAAAGUCGUCCGCAAGUACGAAAUGAACAACAUGCAGGGAAACCAGCAUCUACAUCCGGACUUCAAGGGAAUUCCCAAAGCUGCAGAGAGGUCCAACAUCCUCAAAGAGGUUCAGAUUAUGCGGCAACUCGACCACCCUAACAUCGUCAAGCUCAUCGAGUUUUCCGAGUCGAAGCAGUACUACUACAUUGUGCUCGAGCUCGCGCCGGGCGGCGAGCUGUUCCAUCAGAUUGUGCGCCUGACCUACUUCAGCGAGGAGCUGUCACGGCACGUUAUUGUCCGCGUAGCCAAGGCCCUAGAAUACCUGCACGAGGAAAAGGGUGUAGUUCAUCGCGACAUCAAACCUGAGAAUAUCCUCUUCAACCCCAUACCAUUUGUCCCUUCAAAACACCCGAAGCCGAAGCAACCCGGUGACGAGGACAAAGUCGAUGAGGGCGACUUCAUUCAAGGCCAAGGCGCCGGCGGCAUCGGAGAGAUCAAGAUUGCCGACUUUGGCCUCUCCAAAAUUGUCUGGGAGAGCUCAACCAUGACACCUUGUGGUACUGUCGGCUACACCGCUCCCGAGAUCGUCAAGGACGAGCGUUACUCCAAGUCUGUCGACAUGUGGGCUCUGGGCUGCGUCCUGUAUACUCUACUCUGCGGCUUUCCGCCCUUCUAUGACGAGAGCAUCGAGGUGCUUACCGAAAAGGUCGCCAAGGGGCAGUACACCUUUCUAUCGCCUUGGUGGGACGAUAUCUCGGAAUCGGCCAAGGACCUUAUUACGCAUCUCUUGACCGUCGAUCCUGAGAAGCGAUACACCAUCAAAGAGUUCCUCGCCCACCCCUGGAUUCGGGCCAGUGGGCCCACCCCUCGCGAGGAGAAGAGGAAACCGGAUAUGCUCCGAGCCAAGGAUAUGGCCAGGUUCCAGGAGCCCGGCAAGCGUUACGACUUCCGUUCACCGGGUGCCGUCAACCUCCGCGAGGUCUUUGACGUCAGCUACGCUGUCCAUCGCCAAGAAGAAGAAGGCAAGAUGCGACAGCAGAUGGGCACCAGGGCUGGGGCCGGUAAGCCUCUCGCUGGCCUUGACGAAGAGGAAGAGGACGAGGAUCGGAUGCAGAUUGAUCAAGGCGCCGGGGCAAAGCAGAAUACCGUCACCCAGUCCUUGGAACAGAGCAUGCGCAAGACCAACAUCCGUGAUCAGGCAGUUACCGCGGUGCCUCGAGAGGCACAGCGUGUUGGCGACAAGGGCUACGGGCAACACUCUCCCGCGGUGACGGCCGCGGCGCGGCAGCAGGUUAGGGACCGGAACCGGCAGAAGGGGCCGUUCGAGCUGAACCUCGACAAUGCGACAUUGCUGGGCAAGCGGGGCAAGAAGAUUCCUGCCAUGGGGGCAUAG